GGAAGUGAAGCAUGUUUCAAUUGGACAUAAGCAGAUCAAAGUAUACGGAGUAAAUAGGGGUGGCGUAAUAAUUGAUUUAUAUUAAUUAACUUACGAAAAGUACGUACAAGAUGAUUACUAAAGAGAGCUUAGGAGAUUUACAAGAGAAGUUUGAAAAAGUGAAGAAAUUGGUGGAGGAAGAUGCAAGAUUUGAUCCAGAAACACAACCCUACUUCUCAAAAUACUCUGCAAGGCAAAAUCUGAUAUCAAUGAAUGCUUUAAUUGAGAAUCUCAAAGAGAAACAAGGACCAGACAGUCCUGAUUAUCCAAAAUUAAUAGGGAUGCACGGGACAGUCAAAUUAAAUUUGGGCAUGAUUGCAGUUGACACUGAAGAACUGACAAUUGGUGAAAAGCAUUUUCAAGAGUGUGCUAAAAUUAUUGAAGGUUUUGAAGACAAACUUGAAGUAGCUUCUGUUAAUUUGCAUAUGUUGAAUCAAUUGGGAACAGUCUGGGCUAGAUGGGAUUACGAAAAAGGACAGGAGCAUUUGGAAAAGGCUGAUUCUUUUUAUAAGCAAAUUAAAGAAUCUGGCCUUGUACCAAUUGAUUGCAAUGAUAUUUUCAAUGUAAAUUAUGAGUUGAAUGAAGAAGAUGCCAUGAAGAAAUUUGAAAAGCUAUAUACACUUACAUUGUAUUAUUUAGCACAAGUUUACAGUCUAAAGGAUCCUGUGAAAAGCGCCAUAUUCUGUCAUAAAACGUUGCAAAGGCAACUGGAGAGUAAUGACUAUGAGGAAAUUGAUUGGAUUUUGAAUACAGCUACAUUGUCUCAGUUUUUGAUGGAAAAGAAUGGAUUUAAACAGGCUAGACAUCACUUGAGCGCUAGUUGGUAUAUGCUGGACGAGCAUAAGAAAAAACUAGAUGCGAUUGUUGAACGAGACGAUGAAUAUUUCGCGAAAUUGGAAACGUACCAGCAUCGUUUUGCAGAUGUUGCAAGAUGUUGGGGUAAAUAUGGUUUAGUACUCUUGGUUAACUCAAGAGAUAGAUUGGUGAACACUUCUGAUAUUGAUGCAACAGCAAGUAUUUGCACUGAUAUUUCCAAACUCAAUAUAACUGAAGAACUAACUGAGUGGGACUUUCCCACAUUAGAAUUAAGCAAAUAUGAGGAGGAAGUGACUGAUCAAUUCGUGCUAACUAUAGAAGACGCCAAAAAGGUUUUCUUGAACGCUCAAAAGUGGCUAAACAGAGCACAGGAAUACUACAGCUUAGAAUCGUUAGCUUCUGAUUAUAUUGAGAUCGCGCAAGAUUACAGUAAACUGUAUGAUGCGUUAGUAUUUUACGAAGAAAAUCCUGAUAAUAGAUCGAAAUUGAUUAAGCGGGCCAUCGAUGUUUUGGAGCAGGUGCUGUCUGAGGUGAAUCCAACGUAUUACAUGCAGUACUGCAGACCGAUCUGGUUCCGACUAGGCAUGUUAUAUUCUGAUUUAAUUGAUAUCAAGUUGGAUAGAAUCAAAGAAAGCACAGCUCGACCAAAUCCACAUGCAUUGAAGAAAAUCAACGCCUUGGUCGAUAAAAGCUUGAAACACUUUAACUCUUUCGUUGAUAGCUUUAAAAAUUCUUCUGGGGAGCUACCUAAGAAAAUGACUGAAGACAUGGAGAAACCAUUUCUACAGGCAUAUUUCCAUUUGGCCGUUUUACAAACGAGACAUAUAACUUUGGAUAAGAAUGUUCAAUUGAAGAAUACCGAAGAGAGUAUGAAAUUCUAUAAAAUGUUUGUUGAUUACUGUAACGCGAACGAAAGCGCUGUAGGUUGCGUUAAAGAGGAGCUGUCCGUAGCCAAAGAGAUGGUUACGUUAUUACCAUUAAAGAUUGCAAAGUUACGAAAUGAAUUGCCUUUACCAAGAUAGUUUUGUUGAGCAAUUGUAUAUGAUAUAUAUUGUUUGGUUGUUUUUUUAUAUAUUAUUUGUAUAUUUAUAAUAGUUUUAAUAUGAUAUUGUAGGAUGU